AUGCAGAGGGCAAUCCAGACGUGGAAGAACAGCGAGCCCACAAGCCGCGAGACGUAUGUCAAGGAUUUGGAGCUGGAACUGGAGGAAUUAGCAGACCGGAUUCUGUGUCAUCGCUGCCCUGUCGUCGCCGCGAUGCCAAGGCGAUGGCAUGCCCGAGUACUGUGUUGCCUGGAUGUCAUGGAUUUGACACACUCAUUGGUGCAGCCUUCGCAGCAGUGCUUGCAGAUUCAUUUGCAGAAAUUCCAGGAGCUUUUUGAAAUUGAGAGCUUGGUGGUCAAGAAGCAGUGGCGUAGGUUGCAAGCCAGAUGUGUUAGUGCCAACUUGCCACAAGUUGCAGACUUCCUGUCUGCACAGAUUGCCCAUGCUGGAAGCAACUCAAAGGCCCAGUCCAAACAAGCUGUUUCAGGACAAAGGCAAAGCUGUGAGCAUGGGUGA